AUGUAUUAUCAACCUAAUGGCUCGAUGGUGUUAGCUCAAACAAAUUAUAUCAAAGAACUCUUAACUAAAAUGAAUAUGGAUGAAGCAAAUGGCGUAAGCACGCCUAUGUUUAGCACAUGUAAGCUCAACAAACAUGAAGAAGAUAAACUCCCAGAUCCUCUUCUCUAUAAAUCAACUAUUGGCGCCUUACAAUAUGUAACUCUAACAACACAUGAUAUCGCCUUUUAUGUAAACAAGGCUUGUCAACUCAUGGUUGAACCAUUAGAGUCACAUUGGAGUGUUGUGAAACAUUUGCUAAGAUAUCUCAGUGGCACAACUACUAACAUGUUUCUACUUGCAUGGUCCAAUCCUCAACAACAAUACUCCCUUAAAGCUUACAACGACUCUUAUUGGGCCAACGACCUUGAUGACAGGCUCUAUACCUCAGACUCUUGCAUUUACCAUGAACCAAACCUUGUUGCUUGGAGCUAUAAGAAGCAGUCUCUUGUCGCUCGCUCUGGCACAAACGUUGAAUACUUGCUCACACCACCUCAAAGCUUCUAUGGGUAG